AUGCCGGAGGACUCCCAAGCGAAGGACAAGUACGGCUCCGUCAUGGCUUGGCUGCUCGUCCUAUGGCUGCUUCCUCUCGUCUCGGUCUUCGCGGUUGCUUCUCCCGUCGAGUUUAGCGCUAUGUCUGCUGCUGCUAAGAGAGAUGCCGCUACACCCUUCCAACUGAUCGAGCUCGAAUUCUUCUAUCCCGGCGGCGACACUACCACCUCGACCGCUGCCGCCACUUCGUUCGAUACUACCAACGGCUGCGCUGUCACGGAUGGCGAAGGACCCUACCGCACCCGCUACGCCCAAUUGACGACCCUCAACAAAUGCCAGACAAUCCCAACCCUUUCCUACCACACCGGUCCGAUCAGCCCUUUCGUCAAACUUAUCGACCUGAGUGCCGUUGCGGGACCAGCUUACAAGGACUUGCCUGCCACGGUUUCCAUUGUGUGGUAUGAGGACGCUGGAUGUACUACUGCGCGGCUGGUGUGGGAUCUCAACGCGAUGGUCGUGCCCGCGGCUGAGGAUGAGGGCUACAAGGGGGUCUGUGUGGCUAUCGACCAGAAAGGACUGUCUGGAGUGCAGGGGUUCAUGGUGGUCGAUGGCUCUGCCGUGAAGCCCUCCUAG